GGUCUCUGGAACACAGAGAGACCAUCCCACUUGCACUACGCCUCCCCGCGAUCGGCGCGAUUUGUAGCAAUGGCCGACGAAGUUAUGCUGCCGGCCGCUGGUGAGGCGGAGGAGCAGCCCAAGGUCACCAACGGCGUGGAGCAUGAGGCUGGCGAGGAGGUGGACCUGCUGGAGGAGACGGGCAGCGAUGCUGGAGGCUCUAGAGAGGAGCGGGUCGUGGUCAAGUUUUUGGUGCCAAAUGUGGCGGCGGGCAGCAUCAUCGGCAAGUCUGGCGCCAACAUCACCGAGAUCCAGACGCAGAGCAACGCCCGCAUGCAGCUGUCCCGCGCCAACGAGUUCUACCCGGGGAGUCCCGAGGGCCAGGACCGCAUCCUGCUCGUGUCUGGCACCGUCAACCAGCUGCUGACGGCGCUGCACCUGGUGCUGUCCAAGCUCAAGGCGGAGAGCGAGAACCCCGACUACCACCUGCUCACCGACGCCAACCUGAGCUACAGCACGCGGUACUCGCCCGGCGCCUCGCCGCCCCCGCAGCAGUACACCCCCGCGCCCCCCGCCCACAUGGCCGGCCUGGGCGGCGGCGGCGGCCUGGGUGGCAACGCGCCCCACAUGCUGCACCUGGGGCCGGGGGCCGGCGCCCCGCUGCCGCGCGGCGGCGGCGGCGGCGGCGGCGGCGGCGGCGCCGGCGCCUCUGUCACCAUUGCGGUGCCCGAGGACAAGGUGGGGGUGGUGAUUGGCAAGCAGGGCGCCGUCAUCAACCAGAUCAAGGAGCUGCUGGGCGUCAGCAUCCGCAUCUCCAAGAAGGGCGAGUUCCUGCCCGGCUCCCACGACAGGGCAUGCAGCAUCACCGGCACGCCAGAGGCGGUUGAGAUUGCGCAGCGGUUGAUACAGCAGAAGAUCGAUGCGGCCAACGUGGCGUAGCCGCCCCGCAGCCGCCGCCCGAUGCUGGCCGGGCAGCUGCUGCCGCGGCACCUUUCCAGGGCCCCCCUCUGUACAUCUCUACCCCUUUUCCCCGGCCCUGGCCUGGUGCACGGCC